GUCAAUUUACCAUGCUGUAAUAGAUGCCAUUUCUAUUGUCCCAUUGAAUUCAUGUAUUGGCUAUACGAGUGUGGGAAAGUCUAACAAGUUUGGGACUCAUGCAUUUGUAUGCGAGCUCAGGGGUAUAAAUACAAGGAGAGAUGCUCAGUAGCUCAGAACAGCUCUUGCUCAAUCACAGGGCCUUUGCAGACACUUAGAACAUUCUGUGGAUAAUGGCACCUACCAGCAUUGCACUGGAUACCCGUUCAAAGACAAAAAACAAAGUAAGUUUAAUUUCUGACAUUUUCCAGAACUGUCCUUUAUUUAAUUUGAUCUCUGAGUUUCGACAUUCAAGCACUGAAAAAUAUUUACUAAUAACCCAUCCUUUUGUUUCCCUCCUUGUAGCUAAGAAAACCUAUUGUGGAAAAAAUGCGCAGAGACCGGAUAAACAGCAGUAUCGAGCAACUAAAACUACUUCUAGAGAAAGAAUUCCACAAGCAAGAAUCUAAUGUUAAGCUGGAAAAGGCAGAUAUUCUAGAGAUGGCUGUGAACUACUUGCAACAACAAAAAAGUAAGUUUCCAUAACAUUCUUUUUUAACGUAACCAUUACUAGUAUGUUUCAAUAGUUGGUGUUUUGGAACCCUCAGUGAUGUGGGAUUUAUCCAAAGACUUUUAGAAUUGACAAGUGCAAUUUUUAAAAAAAACUGUUGACCUGCAGCACUCCUGUCAAUUCUUCUAAAUUCUCCAUUGAUUAAAUAAAUGUCUAAAUGAUAUAUGUUACUUAACAUAAGCAUUGGAGAAUCAGUCCAAGAACCAAAUAAUUUUAAAUAUAUAAUUCUUGACGUAUUAUGGCGUGAUAACCUGUGUGCUCAGCUAAUGAAUUUUAUUUUAUUUCCGUAGGUAAGCCUUCAAGUGUGGACACUUUACAGCAAGAUUACAAGAAAGGCUACUCAUGGUGUUUACGAGAAGCUAUGCAGUUCCUGUAUUAUUGUCCAGAAAGCUCUGAUGCCCAGAUGAAGUUGUUGAACCACUUGCAAGCACCACAAGACGUCUCCACCGCUUUAUUUCCUUAUGCUGGCAAACCCAGUAAUUCAAAACAAGUUGCUAUGAUAAGCACACCCAGCAAGAUUUGGAGGCCUUGGUAAUGUUCUCUGUAACCCAUGUGGACUUUCGAACCAUAGAGGAAAAGGUGACUUGUUUUAAGUCGUUUAUGUCCUCUACCAGUAAGGAACUAUGUUCUCCAGCUGCCAUCCAGAAAAAAAGAUUUGGAUUUAUCAGCUCUUUAAACAGCACUGACUGAUUUCGAAGAGCAUCACAUUGUCCUAUGGGAUAGUCUUCAGACAGACAUUCUUCUGUGAAGAUAUUUUAUUUAUAUGUAACCAUUUUCAGGUGUCUUCAUUUGUUUACCAUUAUUGGUAACUUGGGUAGUCUGCUCGUAUGUGGACACGUUCUAUGAUAUUUGUUAACUAUGUACUCAAACAGGGAGUGUAAUAUUGUUAUAUAUUAUAAUGUUGUAUUUUUAAAUACGUUUAAACAAAAGGGUAUAUGAAGACUCAAUUACAGGUCUUGUUUCCCUGUUUAAAUUAAAUCUUCUUGGGAAGAUUCUGGUAAAUCAGAAAAGUGUGAUCUAUAAUAUUUAUAGAAAUUGUGAUUGUAUUUUGUUGGACAAAAAUAUAGAUCUGGUAAUGAGAUUAGUAGCAGGGGGCUUAUUGCCAAAUCAGCCAUAGAAUACAGAUUUUGGAGUAUUCUCAAAGAAUCUUAAGUUGAUUGGUUAAAUACUGUAAAGUAUUUUGAUGCACGUAGUCACAUAUAUUUGUUAAGAAUGACAAGGUGUUUACGUGAACAUUUCAUAGAUUUUGUUAUUGCAGUUUACAAAGAGAAAUGCAGUGACUUGAUAUAUUUUAUUGCUUCUAGUCAAUCUAAAUCUCUUAUAUAAUGUUACUGAACUCUCUCA